UUUUUUUCUUUACGCAUCGCGUAAAAAAAGUUGUGCCAACUCGAAGUUGAGGUCUCCUGUUGGAAAUCUCCCCUCCUCAAAGAAAACUCUUUUUUCUUUUUUCACUCCGGGCAGGGAUCGCUUCCACGGAGCCGUGCGCGGAGAGCCAUCCGUUGCAGUCGCGUUAUCGAUCUGUCAUAUUCUCUAAUAAUUCUCUUCUCUCGCGCGUUCAGGCACAAAUAAUAAAGCGUUAAAACAUCGGCGCGAGUCCCCGAGGAGCGGCUUUGCGUGUGUGCGCGGGGAUUGGCAGCACAACGAGGCUUAUUUACAUUAAAUACGCCACAAGGUUACAGCGCAGAUAGAUGAGCGUCAUUUUUAGCACUCGUUACUCGUGUUAAGCGGCGCUCAGGACGCAGAGCAGGAAACACUCGUUUAUCCCGGACUUUCUGCGGCGAGGAGCGGAGGAGAGGACCGCGCGGCUCACCCAAGGCUCUUGUCGUCCCACCUUCUGUGAAGCUGUCGGCGCUCUUCCUGACACCCGGCGCUCGCUGGAGAGGCGGCAGUCACGCAGGGCUCCCUGAUCAGCGGCGAGCAGAAGCGGAGCUGAAGCCGGCUUACGGCGCUGAGCACACCGUCACCAUCACGCUGUCUAAGAAAGCACCCCCACCCACCUGCUGAGGUGGCCAUCGCAGUGAGCAGUAGUCAGUGAGGAGCGGCAGCCGGAGGCCUCUUCAUCCUAACAGACAGGUUGCACACCAGUAUGCAGGUGGUGUAUUAAGGAUGGAGGACUCUAGUUUAUGUCUUGGUGUAUCGUCAGCGGUGCCUGACGCCGAAGCCCACCUGAGCAAUGCUGUUCUAAACGGCCGUUACCCAAUCAGUCAAAAGCUUCACCAGCUCACCGCCCAGUUAGGACACGCCUUUCCUGACCUGCACCGCCCGCAGCAGAUUCCUGAAGAGAAGGCGGCUACGCCGUUGGAUGAAAAGACACACCACGCAGCCCUGGCGAGUCAACCAAUCAGCAGCCAGAUGGCUCUACUAGCCAAUCAGCUCAAUCGAGACAUAGACGCAGGGGCGCUGAGUGGGUUAAACGGGCGCGUCGACCUGCAGCAGUUUCUCAAUGGGCAGAACUUGGGCAUCAUGUCCCAGAUGAAUGAUAUCGAAGACGAUGCUCGCAAGAACAGGAAGUACCCGUGCCCACUGUGUGGCAAGCGCUUCCGUUUCAACAGCAUCCUGUCUCUGCACAUGCGCACACACACGGGAGAGAAGCCAUUCAAGUGCCCCUACUGUGACCACAGAGCGGCUCAAAAGGGCAACCUGAAGAUCCAUCUCCGCACCCAUAAACUGGGGAACCUGGGAAAAGGCCGUGGCCGAGUUCGAGAAGAGAACCGGCUGCUGCACGAGCUCGAGGAGAGGGCCAUCCUAAGAGACAAGCAGAUGAGAGGGAGUGGCAGUCUCCUCCAGACCGCUCAGACGCCACAUCUGGGCCCCAACAGCAGCUCAAACACCCAUCAGCAGCAGUUAGGGUCAGCUUGCACCCCCACCCAUUCCUCCGGGCUCGCCACUCCAGACACAGUUUCUCAGCCGUCUUCCUCACCCAAGCCGGCCGGCGCUCAGGAUGACCAGUCUUUGAACCCUACUGUGGGCUUCCGCUGUACCUUCUGCAAAGGGAAGUUCAAGAAGCGCGAGGAGCUGGACCGUCACAUCCGCAUUCUCCACAAGCCCUACAAAUGCACUCUGUGCGAGUUCGCCGCCUCCCAUGAAGAAGAGCUGAUAAGCCAUGUAGAGAAGGCCCACAUCACAGCCGAGACCACGCAGGGCCAGGGUUCUGGUGGUGCUGGGGGCAUGCAGAUGGCCACCGAGUUUCGCUGCGAGGUCUGCGGCCAGGUGUUCAGCCAAGCCUGGUUCCUCAAGGGCCACAUGAGAAAGCACAAGGAGUCCUUUGAACACUGCUGCCAAAUCUGUGGCCGUCGCUUCAAGGAACCCUGGUUCCUCAAGAACCACAUGAAGGUGCAUCUGAACAAGCUGGCCAUCAAGAGCAAGCCACCCCAGCCCAGUGAGCAGGACAUGGCCGCCGUCAACAGCAUGAGCAAUCUGGCUCAGGAAGCCCAUGCCAACCUUUAUUCCCGCUACAUUUCCUGUCUUCAGGGAGGCUUUCUUUCACCAGACAAGCAGGGCCUGAGUGAGCAGCACCAGAUGUUGGCCAAAGCGGGGAUAGCCAUGAAGGAAAAGGAGAUGUUAGGAAAGCUGCUUGGACCCAUGGCAGGUGCAAUAGGCCAUGGGCUAGGUGAAAACGAGAAGCGCUCACUCCUUGGCUGUCUCAACCUCGUUCCACCGCUCAAGUCGAGCUGCAUGGAGCGCCUCCAGGCGGCUGCAAAGGUGGCAGAGAUGGACUCGAUCAAUAGCUACCAAGCCUGGCAGAUAAUGGCGCGUGGAAUGGCUAUGGACAGGGCUUUCAUGCCCAAGGAGCAGCAGCAGCAACAGCACCAGCACCAUAUAACCCCGGGGCAGGAAGAUGAGAUGGCUGGUGCGGGCUCCUUGGCUUCCUUCUCAAAGGAGAAACAAGACUACUCCUUGAUUGCUUCCGGUGAUAGCUCCAAGCAGAAGCAGCUCUCCGAGGCCCUGCAGGGAUCCAAGGCUUCCAGUGGAGCAGUGAUGUCCAUGAAGGAGGAUGGAAGAGGCUUUGACGGUCACCGUGACCUCAUGUCCCACCACGGUAGUGCUGAGGCUCCUGGAGCCCUGGCUGGCUUGGGAAGCCCAAACAUUGACUACAGCCUCUCCGGCCUGUCCGGCCUGAAGGAGAAGCCUUCAGAGUGCCCAGACUGCGGACGUGUCUUCAGAACCUACCAUCAAAUGGUCGUCCACUCGCGAAUCCACGGUAAAGACAGGAGAGGCAUUGACGAGGCACUUCAGCAAGGACUGGAUGAACGCCGUGGAUCGGCCAGCGACCCCGAGUCCCAGUCCAUCAGCCGCUCCACCACUCCCGGUUCAUCCAAUGUAACAGAGGAGAGCGGCGUUGGCGGAGGGCAUUCCCAGACAGGAAGCAUCCAGGACGACAGCCCCCAUCCCUCCUCACCAUCUUCAGAUGUUGGGGAGGACUUGGUGAAGACAGCGGGGAGCAUCCAGCCGCCUCUGCCCCAGCAUCGAGAGCGCUCCCUGGGCUCGUCCUCCAAGGACUGCCCUUACUGCGGCAAGUCCUUCCGCACCUCCCAUCACCUGAAGGUCCACCUGCGGAUACACACAGGAGAGAAACCCUACCGCUGCCCUCAUUGUGACUAUGCCGGCACCCAGUCUGCCAGUCUCAAGUACCACCUGGAGCGCCACCACCGCGAACGUCAGAACGGCUCCGCCACGUCCGGCUCCUCCUCUGGCCACACCCCUUCUUCUGACCACAAAGAGGAUCAUGGGAAGACGGGCGGAGGCAUCUUUGCCCGACCGGACGUCCUCCGUAAUGUUUUCAAGAGCAUGCCCCCCAACCUGGACUUCAGGGCAGGGCCGCUGCUGCCGCAUCAGUGGGCGUCGGCUCCCAUCGUGUCCUCUCACAACCGGGAUCGUGACUGUGGGGACCGCCGCUUUGACUCCGCCUCUUCAGCUGAGAACACGAAGACUGCCGAUGGACCUUCCACCAUAGUCUCUGCCACCGCUGACGGCGCCGCCAGCUUCUCUGACCUAAGCCGGGCUUACCAAAGCAUGAUGGGAAACGGAGUCCACUUUCAGGGUUCUCUCCAGGCUUUCAUGGACAACUUUGUCCUCAGCUCCAUGAAGAAGGAUGUGAAGGACAGCCAGAGUCCAGUCCAGCUCCAGGCCCAGCGCUACCAUGACAACGGCGAGCCCAAAGCCAAGCGGGCCGUCUCCGGGGAGCAGGACAGAGAGGAGAAGCCUGAACCCAAACAAAACUCGGAGCCGGGCAAACCCGGGUCCCAAUACGAACCGCUUGAUCUGUCUGUGUCGGUCCGACCCGAGUCUGCAUCUGGAUCGCUCCCUGGCACCUCCGUCACCAUUCACGAUAACGUGGCGUGGCAUGGAUGCCUCUUCUGCUCCUUCUCCACUUCCUCAUUGGAGCUCAUGGCUCUGCACCUCCAGGCCAACCACCUGGGCAAAGCCCCUCUGCAGCACGCCGACACAGGGAAGGACGCUCACCGAGAGGGUUCUCCGACCACCUCCACCCUUCACUCCUCCAACACCAAGGCCUCGGGCGUGGCCCCAGACAGAGAUGGAGACAGAGAUGGAGAAAAAAGCCAGGGAGGCUGGAAUAACCACAUGGAGCAGCCAUAUAACCCCUUCCAGAGUGAAUUCUACAGACGGUUUGGUGGCUUGUAUGAUGGAUCCCCAAGAGUCAAUCAGGGCAUUCAGGGGUACAUAUCCCAAGCAGACCACGGUCUGGACCUGCCCAGCCAGGUCUUCGGAGGGGCCUCUUCAGCCGGCCCUGACCAGAUGGGCGACAGGGGCUCCUGUGGAGAUGCUGAAGAUGACCAAGUUGGAUCUGAAGACGAGGCUGGAAAAACCGGCAUGCGCAGCACCAACGAGACCCCGUCGACCACACCCAAGAGACAGCAGCAAAACCACUCUGACGAAGACGAGGAGGGAGGAGUGGCUGAAGAAGAGGAGGAAAGAGAUGAGGAUGGGCAGAUGGACGUGGACAGAGAGGAAGAAGGAAGUCCGAAACAGCUCCAAGACGACUCCUCUCUGCCCCCGAGGAGCGGAGCGGCCAUGGCGACACCGUCCUCCGUCAUGACUCCACUUUCUCUGGUUCCUCCGCCCCAGAACCAGACUCUACCGCUGGAGAAGCAGUGGCAGCAGGGCUUGGGCCUCCUAACCCCCGGAGGUCCACCAGGACUGUUGAAGGCAGAGCAGCAGACCCACCUGGAGCAGCAGAUGAACAUGCUGUCUGUCCUGAGAGCCUACAGCAACGACAGCCUCCCUGCGUUCAACGGCCUGGGCGGCGGAGCAGGCGGGGCGCCCCCGGGGGGCAUGAAGAGGUCGGACGCACCUGAAACACAACAAAUCCCGGUUUUCUUCGUGUGCUCGCUGCCCUCGCUCCGUUUUCAAAAAGAGCAAUCAGAAAAGGUGGAGGCAGAGAGAAUGAGGCAGAUCCAGUCGGUCGACCAGAGACGCAGACAUUUCCCAACACCAGGACGCGGUGCAUCUGUGGGUAGGAGAGGAGGACCAGCCCAUGACCCAUGACCCCACGCUGACCCUCGACCCCAACCAUCUUAACAGCGACCUUAACAACCACCCUAACAACCAUAAUGUAGGCGACGCCCACGCUGUAAACAAAGACUAACGGCCGCUCCGGAGCGAGCGGACGCUGGUGAGGAUGGAGGCGGUGAUGAGGAGGAGGAGGAUGAAGGUUAACGAAGGACACACUAUAUCAGAGACUUUAUUUAAGAUGAGAAAACACAAACUACCGUCAGAGCGGCGCCACGUGGACCUAAUGACUCUCACAGCCUCCCGGACACUAAAGCAGUGGACUUCCUGUUUGUCUCUGGCGCUCUGAGCGCCCUCCCCACCCCCCCCAACCCCGUCUUCCCUCUUCUUCUUCUCCUUCUUUGUUUUCUUUGGAUGAAACUACCUGUUAGCACUUCCUGUAAGUGUCCCUGAAACAUUCCUCAGCUUAGAGACGCUGUGUCCUUUUUAAGGUGUACACUUUAAAUCUGCACAUUCCCGCCACGCAGAGGAGUGGCCGCCCGUGGGCCACGCCCCCGGCGACGGCGGUGCUAACGACGAGCGCGAGGAAGAUGCGCGCGUACAGGUUCAGCCCCUCCCCCGCCUCUGUCUGUUUUUCUGUACCGUACCGUCGUCGCCGCUGCCGCCGUCGUCGCCAUCGCGAGAGAGCGACGGCAAGAGGCAACAGUUUGAGAAGCGGGCGGCGUUUUCAAACGCCGCGUCCUGUGGAUCUGCGGCCGUGUGUAAAAUACUGCCACCAUCUUUGUUGCACAGUGUUACCGACUACUGAAGACGACGCUUCGAUGUAUUUACUUUACGAGGAAAAAAAAGAAGAAAAACUGGAAAAAUGCUUAUUGUGUAUAGCCUUAGAAACACGUCCCCGUUACUGCUUCAAAGCUCCGUAGCUGUGCUCGACCGUAGGCCGUAGGGUUGAUUUUCUUUGGAUUUUCAUAUGUACUGUACAUGAAUAAUGCCUUGUCCAUUUACCGAUGAGAAAAAAAGAGGAAAAAGAUGACAAUCGUCUCCUGUGCUGCAGACAUAUUUGCCCCGCCCCCACCCAGUAUAUACAGAAUCAUUAUGCAUAGAGGGACUCGUCCUUUCUUCUUUCUUUGGUUCGUUUCGAUCUCCCGAGUAUUUUGCACUGUGACAGUAUUAUAAAUCCAACCUAUACAGUACAAACUAGCUAACUAACUAAAUGAAGGUGUGUGUUUGUGUGUCCCUUGGCAUUGUGAAAUGUUUCUACGUCAUUUUUUGUGAACCCAGAGAAAAGUCUAAAGCGGUAUGUACAGUCCAACUAUAAGACUUCUUUUUUAGUUUACUGUUUGUGGCUUCUUUUGUAUGCUGACCCCUGACCCCAACCCCUGCCCGACCCUCAGCGUAGGCCUGCUGCUGCUUGAGCCCGGCUGAUCGUUCUCUGCAGUAUAUCCUCCCGUUUUUGUUUCUUUGAUUUAUGUAGAUGGCAGUAAUCUUUGAAAAGAGAGGAUUCGAAAUCAAACUAGCGAGAGUGAGAUGCGAGGAGAAAAUGUUCUAGGCGCUUCGGAAGCGACCUUCAACCCCGCUCUCUGUUUUCCAGCCGUGUAAAGAUUCAUCUCUGAACCAGCUCCGAUGAUCAUUCCACCCCACGUAUGAUGUACAAACCUGUCUUGUGAGCUCCACACUUUUCUGUUUGCUGUAUCCUCAUGGCAGAUGCUUCGUUUUGUAACUACUGAACUGUACUUAUAAUAAAAAUAAAAUGUAUUCCAACUAAAA